AUGGAUUUUACUCCACAUGCGCACACGGCCAACUUUGUUGAGCUUCUUAAUAGCCAACAAGACAUUGUCUUUCAUUUAGUAGAAGGCAGUGUCGAACCUUGUUCAUCACAGGUUCCUGUCUUCGGUGGUUCUUCUUGUAGUUUUGGUUCGAAAGAUGGUGCAGAGAAGCGUACAGAGCGUAGAGAAAGAAGGACCUGGACGCCAUCAGAUGAUGUGGUGCUCAUCUCCUCCUGGUUAAACACCAGUAAAGAUCCUCUAGUAGGGAAUGAGCAACGUUCUGGUGCCUUCUGGUCAAGGAUUGCCGCAUACUAUGCAGCCAGUCCGAAGGUUGCACCCGGUGAAGAGAGAGAAGGAAGCCACUGCAAGCAACGUUGGCACAAGAUCAAUGAUCUUGUGUCCAAGUUUAGUGGAGCGUACGAAGCUGCAACAAGAGAGAAGACAAGCGGCCAAAAUGAAACUGAUGUUCUGAAACAUGCUCACGAGAUCUACUACAACAACUAUAAGAAGAAGUUUACACUUGAGCAUGCGUGGAAGGAGCUUCGGAAUGACCAGAAAUGGUGUGCCAAUGAAAGCAGCAACAAAAGGAGGAAGUUUGAUGAUGGGUCUUAUUCAGCAAGCGAGUCUGUAAAAGAUAAUGAUGCUGCUGUAGAUGAUGACGGAACGACCCGCCCCCCUGGUGUUAAGGCAGCAAAAGCCCGGGGGAAAAAGAAGCCGGUGGGUGAGGGGAAGGAGUUCUCUGAAUUCCAGAAGAUGUGGAGCAUCAAGAAGGCGGAUUUGGAUACAAAGGAGAGGCUUGGGAAGAUGAAACUACUUGACAGUCUGAUUGCAAAGCAAGGACCACUAGGUGAUGAAGAAGAAGCUCUGAAGAAGAAGCUCAUUCUUGAGUUGAUGGCUAAUUAG